AUUUAAUCAGGAAAGACGAUAGAACUGUGAAUUAUGAAGAAAAACUUUGAGAUACCAAAACUUGCCAAUAUGGAGCAAAGCGAUUUUAGGAAAUUUGAAGAGGAUGAAAGAUCAGGGGGUAUUGAACAAUACUUCACCAAGACCCAGAUGGCCAGCUUAUCUAAUUAUGAGAAGCUGAGAUAUAGAAAUAUGAAAAAGAAUUAUGAAAUGAUGGUUAAAAUGGCCCAGAAACCAACAUUUAUGCAGAGGUCAAAGAAGAAACGAAGAGUCAAACAUGUAGAUGAUACAGAUUCAGAUGAAGAAUGGAGACCAAGUUCAGAAAAAGCAAAGAAAUCUGCAAAUCCACCAGUAUUUAAGUUGUUGAAGAAAACUAGGAAAGCCAAGUCUGAAAAGAUAGAACAGGCAUGUACAAAAGAAAUGUCAAGGCCAAAAGAUGAAGAAAACAAAGAAGUACAUCGAUAUCCACAGAGACAGCUACCCAGAACUAACUACAUGUAUCUAGAAGUACCUGAUGAUGAUGAAUUCAUUUAUUGUGAAGAUUGUGAGAGAGAAUAUGAAGGAGAUUGUCCUGUGCACCCUUGUAUUCAUAUAUAUGAUUCUAAGAGCACAACUAAAAGUGAGGAAAGGGCUAUGGAAACAUUACCAGAGGGACUGUCAGUCAAAGAAUCUAGAAUACCCAACGCUGGACUUGGUGUGUUUGCAGACAAAACUUUUCCACUGAGAAGUAGAUUUGGACCGUAUGAAGGAGAAGUAACAACUGAUCCAAAUAAGGCCCACUCCACAGGUUAUGCUUGGCAGAUCUAUGAUGAUGGAACCACCAGUCAUUAUAUAGAUGCUAAUAACAAGACCAAGUCGAACUGGAUGAGAUAUGUUAAUUGUGCCAGAAACGAAGAUGAACAAAAUUUGAUAGCAUACCAAUAUAAAGGACUAAUAUUUUACAGAAGUUUUAAAGAUAUACCCCAAGGGACAGAAUUACUAGUCUGGUACGGACAAGACUAUGGGAAGGACCUUGGCAUUGAUAGAGUGGAUAUAAAAUCCUUAAUGAAGCCAAGAUAUAUCAAUGGAGAAGGUAGGUAUUGUACAUUGAGUAGUAGAGUCAUGACAAUAUAG